AUGAGUGGCUGGGAAUCCAGCGCUGCCGGUGCUCCUGGCUGGAACGAUGCUGGUGCAACUGCGAGUGCCCCCGGUUGGAAUGAUACUGGUGUAGCUGCGAGCGGAUCUGGUUGGAAUGAUACAGGCGCAAGUGCCGAUGCUUCCGGUUGGAACGGCAACGGUUCUGCUGGCGCAGUCGAUUCUGCCUUCGAUCCAAGUCUCAAAGAUGACAAUCAAGAUGACAACGACAACAAAUGUCGCUUUUGUUCUGAAGAAGGUCACUUCGCUCGAGACUGCCCAAACAAACCUGCCCGAGUCUGCUUCAACUGCGACCAAGAAGGCCAUUCCAAGGCUGAUUGUACGGAGCCGGCGAAAGCUCGCAACUGUCGUCUUUGCGAAGACCCAGGUCACUUGGCAGCAGCGUGUCCAAAGAGAACCUGCCGCAAUUGUUCUGGUGAAGGUCACGAUGCGCAAGAUUGCAAAACCGCUCGGGUUCUGAACAACGAUCAUGUCCCAGUCAAGUCUGAGUCAGAGGCUUGGGCCAUGCUUGAGGAAGCCAGCAACGAUCGAGAUAUUACAGACUUCAAAGAAGCUGUACAAAUUCUUUCCAAAGCCGCACCAGCCUACACUUAUCCAGAACUCGAGAAGGAAUUUCGCGAUCGAAAGUUCAAUAUCUACCUGAUUGCUAUGGAAAAGGAACAUGGACCUACCUGGACUAACGUCACACUCCAAGGGGACAUUGGCAAGAAGUACACUGUUGCAUACUUCACCUCGGACAAAGUGCAGCGUCCAAGUCUGGUCUCACUUUGGCCUCAAGAUGCCGAGGAGAAUAUGAAGCGACUUGCAGAUGCAGGUAUCCCUCUCGAUCGUGGAGUCAUGUGGUGCACCAAUUGUCGUCAGGUCGGCCACACCCGCAAAGGAUGCACUGAAGAGCGCGAAGAGGUGGAAGGACCCAAAAUCAUGUGCCACAUUUGCAAUGAAGAAGGUCAUCGUGUUCGUGACUGCACCCAGGUUCAGGAAAAGCAAGGUCGUGCAUGCAAGAUUUGCGAAUCUACGGAGCAUCUUGCCAAGGACUGUCCCAACAAGCCGGUUCGAGCGUGUCGAAACUGCGGAGCUGAAGACCACAUGGCCAAGGAAUGUCCAGAACCCAAGAAGCUCGUAUGUUCCAACUGCGACGAGGAAGGACACAUGCGCAAGGACUGUACCAAGAAGAAAGAUUGGAGUAGGGUCACUUGCCAGAUCUGCAACGAGAAAGGCCAUAGUCGUUAUCGAUGCCCCCAAGCUCCAGCGGAUGGUGGAGAGAUCAAUGCUGGCGAUGCUGGCGAUGCUGGACAUGGUAAAGCCAAUGGAGCGACCAAGUCUGGAGGCAAUGACUGGGAAGGUGGCGGUGGUGCUGCUUCCUCGGGCGCAAAUGGAUGGGGAAAGGGAACUGAAACCACCGGCUUUGGAAGCAAUGGCUGGGCAAAUGGAGUCGCUGCGUCUACUGGCCAUGUGAGCGCAUGGGUAACUCCCGCUGACGCGUCAUCUGGCCAAUGGUAAAGGAAUGCACGGAGAUCCAGUCGCAUCGUAAGCCAUGCUUGAUUGCCUUGAGACGGUGGAGAUGACGGAUUGAUGUUGUGAGGAACGGCUGAGGCCGGUGCUUUUUCAGGAC